GAUCCCUCUAGAACCUUCAAUCUCUCCUCCUCUUUAAACAACCCUAAAAGGCUUCACGUCUCGCCGUCGCCUCCACCGUUUCUGUAUCUGAGAAAAUGUCGUCGAGAAUAAUGAUCCGAUCAUGUAAUUCAUCUCUCCGAACACUCAUCCACCGACAUCUCAGCCCCACCGUAGCUUCAACGACUGCACAAACAGAAACUUCGCCGAGUAUUUACAACUUCCACUAUCUUCUCCCUAACACCACUGUUCCUCGAACAGUGAAUUUGGACGAUAGAUUUAGUAUUGAUACCGUCGGAUACUCGACGUCGAUGGAGGAUGCUCGUGGACGUCUGUCCAAGGAGGUUGACUACGUACAGACGUUCUACGAGAAAGAGAUUGAGGACGAUAGUGACAUGGAUGAAUCGGUUUACGAAGAUUCCAAUGACGACGACGAUGAUGAUGAUGAUGACGACUAUGAGGACGAUGAUGAUGAGGACGCUACUCGAUCUGGUAGUGAGAUGAAGCCACUGGUAUCUAUGGUUACGGGCAAGCUUUUCUACGACAACAUGUUUCUACAAGUAAUUUCUCGUUGAUGACUAUCAUUGGCAGACCCAUCCGUGAGUAAAGGUAUCCGAUUUUGUAGUGUCGAUGUGUGGAACCAUCCAUGAGUAAAGAUGUCCUAUUUUGUAGCGUUAUAUGAUUCAAAUAUACAAGGCACAAACUUGUGAUGCAGUUUCAAUUGAUAAUCAAUCAAGAUUGACACAUUUUUUUGUGGAAGGAACAACACUUCAUUCGACAUUCAUGUCAAAGCAUUUUGAUAUUUUUAACUCAAAAUGAUAGAAAAUUAUGUGGUUAAUCUCGAAAAGUGUUAAGAUUUACUCGUUCGCAGAUAAUUUUCUAAAUCCGUUACCAAAUGGUAGAUUUAUGCUAUUCAUUUAAAUAAAUGUGAAGGAAAUUUUAUAAACCAUAAUCGUCGUUCAGGAUUGAAGUAACUUAAAACAUUUUCGACAAAAUUUUUAAAAACGAAGAUUUUGGAGAUUUUCAUUUCACCAAAUUUCUUAAAAUGGAAAAUGUAGGAGAGGGAUGAUGAUAGUCUUUAAAUUUAGAGAUUUCUUUAAAAAUGAUAAAUGAUUUUU